AUGCCCGAUAAUCCUCCAAGAAAUAGGGGACACAGGCGUGCUCAUUCAAAGAUUCUAACCCUACCUGAUGAUAUCAGCUUCGACAGUGACCUUGGUGUUGUUGGAGGCGCCGAUGUGGCGCCGUUUUCUGAUGACACAGAGGAGGACUUACUUUCAAUGUACCUCGAUAUGGAUAAAUUCAAUUCAUCAUCUGCGACAUCAACAUUUCAAAUGGGUGAGCCAUCUAAUGCUGCUGCAGCUUCAGGUUUGGCACUCACAUCAGGUCCUGCAUCAGGAGGGCCUACCUCUUCUGCAGAGAACAGUGUCCUUGGUAACAAUGAACGGCCUAGAGUUAGACACCAACACAGUCAAUCCAUGGAUGGGUCAACAACCAUCAAACCUGAGAUGCUAGUCUCUGGUUCAGAAUACAUAUCUGCAGCUGAUUCUAAAAAAGCAAUGUCAGCUGCCAAGCUUGCCCAACUAGCCUUAAUUGAUCCCAAGCGUGCAAAGAGGUAUCGUUUCUGAACAAGUCCUAUUUGUUUUGUCAUUAUCUUUAGCUUGGGGAGACUGAACCAAUUAUGGACUGGUGUGUGAUUUUGUGCCUUAUUUAAUUCUGAAAUUUAGAUAUGUUUAUAUACUGUAUUUUGAUUGCUGUAG